AUGUUUUAUUGGUUUCUCGUGCGGUCCUACGGUGAUGAUUGUACAGCAGAGAUCGAUUGCGUUGAAUCUGGCUUGCGGACGUUGUACUCCUUGCUCUUCUUCGCCUACCGUAAGGAUGGGAACAGCAGCGAUCCCUACGACGCUGAGCACUGGCGGGAGGGCGAUGCCGACGACAAAGCGAUAGCAGAGGAUGACGAGGGGCUGCACAUCUCGAACAAGGGGGACGUUCACUACGUGCCGGACGAGCCGGAGGGGAAGUGGCUCCACUGGCCAACGCUGGCUGCCUACGUCGGCCCGGGUUUCCUAGUAUGCAUCGCCUACCUGGACCCGGGGAACCUGGAGGCCGAUCUCCAGACGGGGGCGUACACGGGCUACCAGCUGCUGUGGGUGUUGCUGCUGGCGCACAUCUUGGGCCUGGUGCUGCAGAGCUUGGCCGCCAGGAUCGGGGUGGUGACAGGCACACACCUCGCGGACGUGUGCCGGACGCACUACGACCGGCCCGCCGCCUUGCUGCUCUGGGUCAUGAUGGAGGUGGCCAUCAUCGGCAGCGACAUCCAGGAGGUGCUGGGGUCGGCCAUCGGACUGCAGAUUCUUUUCGGCAUCCCUCUCUGGGUGGGCUGCCUCUUGACAGCGUUGGAUACCUUUACGUUCCUCUUCAUUCACGUCUUCGGUGUGCGGAAGCUCGAGGCGUUGUUUGUGGUCCUGGUGUCGAUCAUGACGGUGGCCUUCUUCAUCGACUUCUUCAUGAGCCCGCCGUCGCCGGCGGACGUUGCGGAGGGGUUCUCCUUCACGGCGGAGUCGUACGCGACGGUGCCGGCACUGGGGCUGAUCGGGGCCGUCAUCAUGCCCCACAACAUCUACCUGCACUCCGCCCUGGUGCUCUCGCGCGUGGUGGACAGGACGAGACCCAGGAAGCUGUGGGAGGCGACUAAGUACUACACCAUCGACAGCGGGAUCGCGCUGAUGGUGGCGUUCAUGAUCAACCUUGCCGUGGUCUGCACGUUCGCCAAGCAGUUCUACGACGAGACGUGCGCCACCGCGUCUGAGCCGUCGGCCUGCUUCGUCGGGGACUCGAUCGACCCCACGCAGCCGUCUUACGGCAGCUGCGACGCGGACGGCACGGGGCUUUGCCAAGAGAUAGGGCUCUCGGCGGCGGCGGCCGCGCUGAGGGGAACGCUAGGGUCAUCGGCGAAGUACGUGUGGGCCGUUGGUUUGCUGGCGGCGGGCCAAAGCAGCACCAUGACGGGGACGUACGCGGGGCAAUUCGUCAUGGAGGGCUUCCUUCAGCUUAAGAUUCCCAAGUGGCAAAGAGUUCUCGUGACGCGAAUUAUCGCUCUAGGCCCCGCCCUGGCGGUGACGGUGUUCAUGGGCGGGGACAUCCGGGCGACAGACCGCUUGAGCGCGUGGCUCAACGUGCUGCAGAGCUUGCAGCUACCGUUCGCCAUCAUCCCGCUCCUGACGUUCUGCAACAGCCCGCACGUCAUGGGCGAGUUCACUAUCACCAGUUCCAUGACGGCCUUCGUGUGGAUGGUGUCGAUCGGCAUUAUCGGGAUCAACAUCUCCAUCGUCUUGGGCUUCCUCUUCGACGAGGGCAUCUCUUCGGAGGGAGCGGCCGCCCCCUGGCUCUACGCGUGCACGGCCAUUGGGGCUUCCCUCUACCUGGGCUUCAUCCUGUUCCUCAUGCGGGAGGACCUGCAGAAGCUGAGGCGACGAGCCGAGUCGCUGUUCUGGGAGCUCGGCAGGCACGACCACAUGUUGCGGUCGACGUCGGAUGACGGCAGCUUGAGUCCUCUGGAGCCGGGUGCGGGGUCCGAGGCGAGGCAUGGGCAAAUACAGGGGGCGGCGGUGGGGGAUGAGCGUCGAGACGGCGACGAUACGCGAGCAUAACGAAUGUGGUAUGCAUGGCCGUUUUUUGUGCGCUUGUGUCGGCUGACGACGCGAUGGGUUCUGGGGGCACGCGGUUGGGUCGCGCGGGUAGGUAAGUCGUGGUGGUGGUAGCGGUGGUGGUGCAAAAUUUUACCGAGAUGGUCGAUGCCCAGCCUACUGAACGUUUUAUAUUAUACGAUAGAUGUGUGCGCAAGUCUGUCUAGCGGGCGGCUUCGAGCACCUUUUGAGCUGCGUUCGAAAGUAGUGGUACCGUGUCUGCUCGCAACAGACCAUGCGAAGGGCUGGCUGCACACGACGUGGCAUUUUAUUGAGAUGCCGGCCAGCAGGAGGCUAGUAGCACGUGAAAUCUUGGCCACGUCACGUGGCGUUUUAUUGAGAUGCCGGCCAGCAGGAGGCUAGUAGCACGUGAAAUCUUGGCCACGUCACGUGGCGUUUUAUUGAGAUGUCGGCCAACGGGGCGCUAUCACGCAUCAAAGCUUUUGGACCACUUUGCUUGAGGAUCAGGUCGCAGUUUACCUAACACACUUAACGUAGUCUCGUCACUGUUUUUUUAUCGUUUGGUGUCUUGUUUUUUGUUCCCCCUUUGUUGUUUCUCUUGUUAGUCGCUCUAUUUUUUUUUGUCUUUUCUUUUUUUUCUUUUGCCGUCUUUUUUGUUCCGGGCCACCAGUGAA